UAAAGGUGAAGGAAAGAAAUGGACGUAUCUGACAAAAAUGAUGUACUAAAUUCUUCUACCGCAGUGUAUGUUGCCCACUUGUUUGAAAAAUCAACCGAAAAAUCAUCGAAUUUCCUCAAUAAUAUUUGGACAAAGAGGACAUCUAAAGAAAAACAUAAAAUUAAAAAUGAGAAUGUGGACGAGGUACUUAACAAUAAUUUAAAAGAAACAGAAUUCUUCGAGAAUGAUCCAUUGCAUCCGCCAGAUGAUAGUGUUUCUGAACCAAAUCAUGUGCAGCCCUCUAUUGAUCCUAAUGAAAUGACCCUUGGAAAAGGAGAAUCCAACAGUUCACAUGAUUUCCCCAAGGAAUGUGAUGAUUUUUCUGACGAUGAAGGCGAUGCUACAGACUACUUUGAUAGUGAUGACGAAUACCAAUUGUCCUGUAAGAGACGUCUCAUGAGUGAUGCCGAUGAUGAAAUCGUACAUGGAGGAUUCGAUCGCUACAGUACAUCACUCACAGACGGAAGAUAUAGCCAAGGUGUGGAACAGUAUAUGAACAUACCAGUUUUCUUGAGAUCAAUUCGAAAGUUUGCUACUGAUAAUAAUUUCGAGCUGUGGAAUGGAAAAACUGAUGGCAGUUGCAUGUUCCGAUCAAUUGCUGACCAGUUAAUGAUUAACGGUCACUUUUGGCAUACAGCAGACACGCUUAGACAUUUGGCUAUUGAGUAUCUCAAAGAACAUCCUUUGCAGGAAGACGGUUGUCCUAUAAGAUCUUUUUUAAGUUCCGAAACUUGGGAAGAAUAUCUGUCAAGAAUGUCAAAUCCAAAAGAAUGGAGCGAUCACAUAAUGUUGAAGGCAGUAGUUGACCUUCUUCAUCUUAAUGCCGUUGUGUUUAAUAUUUAUAAAGAUGAUGUUCGACACACAGAAGUGAAAUCCUCCAGGAAAAAUUUUCCAUUUCCGACAUUGACCAUCUACCUUGGGCAUUUAGGAGAAUUUCAUUAUGUCAGUCUUCGUCCAAAGAAAUGGGAAAAACUUUGGCCGUACAGAGCCCUUCUUCAUCGGUGCCUUUUCUAUGUAGAUAAAAGUUACCCAUUCAAAACUCCAGUGGAAGCUUUUGAAAGGUUUAAAAGUCUUUCUGUCAUUAGAAAUUUCGAGGACCCUGGAUUUCAAGAGUUGUUCCUAUCAUUGUCGCUAGAAGGGAACUCUAAAAAUCAGAGGUUUGGGGAUUUGGAAAAACAAGAAGAGUCAGAAAGAUCAAUUAAUCUUGAGAACAGUUAUUUAUCUAUGUUCAACUCCUAUUGCUUAGAUGAGCUCAAAAGCGAAGAUACAAAUGAUUCACUUGAGUGUCUCAUUGAAGACCCAUUGUUUGUCGACAGUUUGACUGGAAUACCUCUUCAGCAUAUUGGAUUUAUAAUAAAGAACACUUUUCCAAAAGAGUUGAUUAUAGAAUACUCCAAAAACGUAGCAGCUUCACGCAUUGAAUCUCAGAUGUUCCAAUAUAUUGGAGUGUAUGCCACUGGCGAUAACGUUGCAUUAAAAGAUCUUUCACGAGAGAGGAACGAAUAUAGAUUUCAAUGUAAAUUUGUCGCUAAAGAUCCCUCUGUGGUGGCAGUACAUUUUGACAAGAUCAUAACAUUCAAAAUAACAAGUCUUGGUCAAAGCGAUACAAAGUCUGUUCUGCAUGCAGAUUGCAGUUCCACACACCCAGGUUAUUGCUGGUUACGACCCUUAGAAGCGCAUCCUACAAUAACAACGAAAAAAGUCCCCGAGCUUAAUGGUGAUUUGUUCCUUACAAGACAAGAACUGCCAGCAGAAAUAACUCUUCCUCCUGAUACACGCCAAUGCUAUGUAGGAUUCGUUUGCCUUAUUUUUCCUUCUGUUGCAGAAGAAUGGGUUCAACGCAAACGAAAAUUCAAUUGGCCAUCUCCUUACAUAAUAUCCAAAAUCCAGAUAGGCGGGACAUGCACCUUGAUUCCAAAAUGUCAUCCUGCAAGUAUUCACCCUGAUAUUGAAUGGAAGUUAGACUUUUCUAUGGCAUAUUCUAUACUUUUUGCGGAAGCCCUCAGCAAGUUUCAGAUUCAGGGAUACUAUGCUCUCAAAAUCAUAAUCCAGGAAACUACAAAAUUCUUAGCAAGAGGACUGAAAAACAAACAUAUUGUAUCAGUUUUUCUAUAUGCAUGUGAAGAUAUCCCGCAACAGAAGUGGGAAACAAAUCUUGCUGGAUGCAUUUUGUAUACGCUCUCCUUGCUGAUUAUGUUUCUGAAAAGAAAAUUUUUUCCACAUUAUUUCGUUUCAUCAAACAACAUAAUAGAUCAUUUCACUGAUUAUGAACUCGGAUCAAUCUGCGUAUACAUCGAGGCUAUUCGUCUUUUUCCAACGAUGGCUGUAAGCUUUGUAGCAGAAAGACACGGAUAUAUCUUUAGUAGAAAUCUUAACAAUAAUAUUUUAAAUGAUUGCAAAGUUUUGUCCAUCUCUAGAGAUAUCAGUGGAAUUUAUCAGAAAACAUUUCUCCCGACUACUUUCCUAAUCGCAAAGUUUUUUUGUCGUCUUGGAUUUUACUCGUUGGCUUUUCGACUCAUUCAAGAAUCGUAUGAAGAAACCCUGAACCUUCCUACGAUGGAGGCAGACAAGACGAUUGGACGAAAAAGCUUUUUAGAAUUCUUUAUAGAGGGACUGCGGGAAUUUAAACAAAAAUCUUCAAGAGGAAUUUUGCGCCAAUUGUUUGAUAUAAACAACAAAACUGAUGUUUUUGCACGUUGUUCAAACAAAAGUUUCAAAAUUGUGAGUGAGCUAGUCCCUUGGCCAGUUGACUUAAAAUUAGCAUGGAUGCGAAUACCAAAAGAAAACACGCGAGACUUUUCUUUGUUGGCGUCCUUUUUCUAUGACCUGAGUUUUUCCCAGUAUGAAAUGGAAAAUGUAAGUUUAGCCACUGUUGCCAUUGAUGCAGCCAUUCUUUGCUUGAGUCGUGCAAUUUCUGACGAAUCUAUUAAAACCGAUGAAAUAGAGGAUCCUGAGCUACGGAAAGAUAUAAUGGCUCAGCAAGAAUCUAUGAAGAGGAACCUGAAAUCGAGAUUAUUUCAUUUUUAUAUCCAUGUAUACGAUAUAUCUCUUCUGGAUGGUUGUAUAUAUCCUAUAUAUAAUUAUAUGUCAGCAGUUGAGAUCCUUUCAAAGGAGUUUCCAGAAAUGUAUGGAGUAGUUGCGAAAAUGUUUUUUUGGAUAAGGAGAGGUGACAAAGGGCGUGAAUACCAAAGAAAAUUUGAUCACUACUUAUCAGAAAAAAAAAUGAAUAUAUACUAAUUUUUGCACGA